GUGAUUGCCAGUGAAUACUGAUUGAAAUGAACGGACAGUUGACUCGUAAACUGUUGGACACUAACAAAGUGCCCAAAUCUCGAGUGGAACUACACCUGCAUUUGGGAGGUUCUGUGCGAUUAUCCACUGUAUGGGAGUUGUGUCACAAAAAAGGCAUCAAAUUGACACCAAAUGGCACUUUCAAUGAACUCAUGGAGUAUUGUGUGAUUAAAAAGCCGGGAAAGUUAGCCGACUUCUUGAGUAUUCUGCAACAUUAUGGCAAAUUUAUUGUUGGAGACCCGGAUGCUCUCGAGCGGUGCGCCUAUGAGUUAUGCGAAGAUGAGGCCAAAGAAGGGGUCUUUUACUUCGAGUUGAGGACUUCCCCACAUCUCGGCUCUAAUACCGUCAAGAAAGGGAACAACAGUCCCAUUGUGGCGGCCAAUCAUCCCGAUGCC